AUAUGAAUGAGGAGCGGUUGGGUGAUGCUGGUGGAGCAGACAAUACUGAGACCUACAGUGAGAAAGACACAGACCAAAGGAGUUCCCCAGACAUAACUAAAGCCAAAAGUUGCUUCACUCCUGAAAGCCCUGAAAUUGUUUCAGUGGAUGAGGUCGGUUAUGCAGUUCAGAAAAAUGGUGGGAGCACAGAGAGUCGUCCAGACAGCCCCAAGUACCACCCAGAGCAGAACCACCUCCUGAUAGAAGGUCCUUCAGGGACAGUUUCUUUACCUUUCAGUUUGAAAGCCAACAGGCCUCCGCUUGAAGUCUUGAAAAAGAUCUUCCCUAACCAAAAGCCAGCUGUGCUGGAAUUGAUCCUGAAGGGGUGCGGUGGUGAUUUGGUGAGUGCUGUAGAAGUUCUCCUGUCGAGUCGUUCUUCAGUGGCUGGUGGAGAGAGAACUUCUGCAGAAUCAGAUGGUCUUGUUUUGCCUUCCAACGGGCACAUUUUUGAACACACACUAAGUUCGUACCCUAUUUCCUCUUCCAAGUGGUCCGUGGGCUCAGCAUUUAGGGUUCCUGACACGCUGAGGUUCUCUGCUGAUUCCAGUAACGUCAUGCCAAAUCCUCUGGCCGUACCUUUGCAGCACCCUUUCCCUCAGCCACCACGCUACCCACUGAUGCUGAGGAACACACUGGCAAGAAACCAGUCCAGCCCGUUCCUGCCCAAUGAUGUCACCCUGUGGAACACCAUGACACUGCAGCAGCAGUACCAGCUGCGAUCUCAGUAUGUCAGCCCUUUCUCCAGCAACUCGGCCAGCGUUUUCCGAAGCUCACCUGUCCUUCCUUCCCGCUCUUCAGAAGACCCUAGAAUCUCAAUCCCUGAUGACGGGUGUCCUAUUGUGUCUAAGCAACCGAUUUACACAGAAGAUGAGUAUGAUGAAAGGUCUGAUUCUUCAGACUCAAGAAUACUCAACACAUCUUCUUAGACUGACAUUUGACACACAAUAGCUAAGUGAUACUCGCAGUGCAGCUGAACUACGGGGCCCUAAGAGGAGGGACACUACUCUACGAAACCCUUGCAAUUGUAUUAAAAGGUGACUUUGCUUGGUAUUGUACUGUAGCAAUAAAGACAUAACUUAUUUAAUUUCUUGCACUUCACUGGAUAAUGCCAAAUAGCAAUAC